AUGGCGAGCGCGGUGCGGGGGCUCGGCCGGGCGCCGCUGCCGCUGUGGCUGCCGGUGCUGCCGCUCCUCUGCGCGCUGCUGCUGGGCCCGGCCCGCGCCGCCCACAUCAAGAAGGCGGAGGCGGCGGCGGCGGCGCCCGGCGAGGCGCUGCGGUACCUGCACUCGGCCGAGCUGGGCGAGGCGCUGCGGGCGCUGGCGGCUGCGGCCCCCCCGGGCCUGGCGCGGCUCUUCAGCAUCGGCGAGUCGGUGGAGGGACGACCGCUGUGGGUGCUGCGCCUGACGGCGGGGCUGGGGCCGGAGCGGGCCGGCGAGGAGCCCGGCGGCUCGGCCCUGCCCGGCCGGCCGCAGGUGAAGCUGGUGGGGAACAUGCACGGGGACGAACCGCUGGCGCGGCCGCUGCUGCUCCGCCUGGCCCAGGAGCUGGUGCGGGGCUGGGCCGGCGGCGAGGCGCGCAUCGGCCGCCUGCUCAACACCACCGACAUCUACCUGCUGCCCAGCCUCAACCCCGACGGCUUCGAGCGCGCCCGCGAGGGCGACUGCGGCGGCGGCGGCGGCGCGGAGGGCGGCCGGGAGAACAGCCGGGGCCGCGACCUCAACCGCAGCUUCCCCGACCAGUUCGGGGCCGCCGAGCCCGACCUGGAGGCCGUGCCGGAGGUGCAGGCCCUCAUCGCCUGGAUGCGCCGCAACAAGUUUCUGCUCUCUGGCAAUCUUCAUGGUGGCUCAGUGGUUGCAAGCUAUCCCUAUGACGACUCUCCCACGCAUAAGCCCACAGGAGUCUACAGUAAAUCAGCUGAUGACGAAGUGUUCAAAUAUUUGGCAAAAGCUUACGCGUCGCAUCACCCCAUAAUGAGAACUGGCAAACCCAAUUGCCCUGGCGAGGAGGGAGAGACCUUCCAAGAUGGUAUCACAAACGGUGCCCAGUGGUAUGAUGUAGAAGGUGGGAUGCAGGAUUACAACUAUGUGUGGGCCAACUGCUUUGAGAUCACGUUGGAGCUGUCCUGCUGCAAAUAUCCGCCGACCUCUGAGCUUCAGCAGGAGUGGGAGAACAACCGGGACUCUCUCCUUGCUUUCAUUGAGAAGGUCCACAUCGGUGUGAAAGGCUUUGUCAGGGAUGUAGUCACCGGAGCUGGCCUGGAGAACGCGACCAUUGUUGUUGCUGGAAUUGCUCAUAACAUCACAGCGGGCAAAUUUGGCGAUUACCACCGACUGCUUGUGCCUGGGACCUACAACGUGACCGCAGUUGUAAUGGGUUACACACCAGUGACCAGAGAGAACAUCGAGGUGAAGGAGGGAGCUGCAACAGAAGUGGAUUUCUCCUUGCAGCCAACUGUAAUGCCACCAGCUCUUAAUGUCACGCAGUUCAUAGCAACGCCUGCUCCUGUCUCUACCAUCAUCCCCACCCCUGUGCAGGCAGAGGCCCCAAGCCCGACCUCUCUCCAUCAACCCAUCCAACCUGUGGACUUCCGCCACCAUCACUUCUCAGACAUGGAGAUCUUUCUGCGGCGGUAUGCCAGCGAGUACCCCAACAUAACCCGACUCUACUCCGUGGGCAAGUCGGUGGAGCAGCGGGAGCUCUACGUAAUGGAGAUCUCUGACAACCCUGGCAUCCAUGAAGCAGGUGAGCCGGAGUUCAAGUACAUCGGUAACAUGCAUGGGAAUGAAGUUGUGGGGCGAGAGCUUCUCCUGAACCUCAUUGAGUACCUCUGCAAGAACUUCGGCACAGAUCCUGAAGUGACUGACUUGGUCCGGAGCACACGGAUCCACAUCAUGCCGUCUAUGAACCCUGAUGGCUAUGAGAAGUCCCAGGAAGGAGACAGAGGAGGUACCGUUGGCAGAAACAACAGCAACAACUACGACCUGAACCGGAACUUCCCCGAUCAGUUCGUCCAUGUGGCAGACCCUGCGCAGCCAGAAACUCUCGCUGUCAUGUCCUGGCUAACGACUUACCCAUUUGUGCUCUCAGCAAACCUGCACGGAGGUUCUCUGGUGGUUAAUUACCCCUUUGAUGAUGAUGAACAAGGAAUAGCCAUAUACAGUAAAUCCCCAGACGACGCUGUGUUUCAGCAGCUGGCGCUUUCCUACUCUAAGGAAAAUACAAAGAUGUAUCAGGGAAGCCCUUGUAAGGAUAUGUACCCCACUGAGUACUUCCCACAUGGCAUCACUAAUGGGGCUCAGUGGUACAACGUUCCAGGUGGGAUGCAAGACUGGAAUUACUUAAAUACGAACUGCUUUGAAGUGACCAUUGAGUUGGGCUGCGUGAAAUAUCCAAGAGCUGAGGAGCUGCCAAAGUACUGGGAGCAGAACCGCCGAUCUCUCCUCCAGUUCAUGAAACAGGUUCACAGCGGCGUCUGGGGAUUUGUGCUGGAUGCCGUGGACGGAAGGGGCAUUCUCAACGCCACCAUCAGCGUUGCCGACAUCAACCACCCGGUGACCACCUACAAGGAUGGAGACUACUGGCGCCUCUUGGUCCAGGGGACGUACAAAAUCACAGCAUCUGCCCGAGGGUAUGAUUCCAUCACUAAGACGGUGGAAGUUGGCAGCAAAGGUGGGGUGCAGGUCAACUUCACUCUCUCACGGACAGACAUCAAAGUGGAGGAGGGGAAGGUGCCCGUCUUGAACACCCCAGACACCAGCGACCCCAAUGAGAAGGAGUUUGAGACCCUGAUCAAAGAUCUCUCUGCUGAGGAUGGCCUGGAGCGCCUCCUGCUUACCUCCUCAGGGGAUGUCUCUCCUUACCGAUACCGCCCUUACAAGGACCUCUCUGAGUUCCUCCGAGGCCUCUAUCUGAACUACCCGCACAUCACAAAUCUUACCAGUUUGGGUCAAAGCGUCGAGUUCCGUCAGAUCUGGUCCCUCGAAAUCUCCAACAAGCCCAACCAGUCCGAGCCUGAGGAGCCAAAGAUUCGCUUUGUUGCUGGUAUUCAUGGAAACGCUCCCGUUGGUACAGAGCUGCUCCUGGCACUGGCAGAAUUUCUUUGCAUGAACUACAAGAAGAACACUGCUGUUACAAAGCUGAUUGACCGAACGCGGAUUGUGAUUGUGCCUUCCCUGAAUCCAGACGGACGUGAGAGAGCACAGGAGAGAGGCUGCACAUCGAAGAUAGGCCAGACUAAUGCACAUGGCAGAGAUCUGGACACAGACUUCACAAGCAAUUACUCCCGGUACUCGGGGACCCGAGAGCCUGAGACCAAAGCCAUCAUAGAGAACUUAAUAUUGAAGCAGGAUUUCAGCCUCUCUGUUGCGCUAGAUGGAGGAUCUCUGCUUGUCACUUACCCAUAUGAUAAGCCAGCGCAGACAGUGGAAAACAAAGAAACACUGAAGCAUUUGGCAUCUCUGUAUGCAAACAACCAUCCGCUGAUGUAUUUGGGCCAGCCAAGCUGUCCAAAUAAGUCAGAUGAGAAUAUUCCUGGCGGUGUGAUCCGUGGCUCUGAAUGGCACAGUCACUUGGGCAGUAUGAAGGAUUUCAGCGUUAUGUUUGGUCAUUGUCCUGAGAUCACUGUUUAUACCAGCUGCUGUUACUUCCCGAGCGCAGGACAGCUUCCUGGCCUGUGGGCAGACCACAGGAAAUCUCUCCUUAGCAUGCUCGUGGAGGUUCAUAAGGGAGUCCAUGGCUUUGUCCAAGACAAGAGUGGCAAGGCAAUUUCUAAAGCUACCAUUGUUCUUAAUGAAGGUUUGAGGGUCUAUACGAAAGAAGGUGGCUAUUUCCAUGUGCUGUUGGCUCCAGGUUUGCAUAACAUCAACGCAAUAGCCGACGGCUACCAGCAGAAACAUGUCAAGGUCUUUGUACGUCAUGAUGCACCCAGCUCUGUGUUCAUUGUAUUUGACACGGAAAACAGGAUAUUUGGUCUGCCAAGGGAGCUGGUUGUAACUGUUGCAGGUGCAAGUAUGUCUGCUCUGGUCCUCACCGCCUGUAUCAUCUGGUGUGUCUGCUCAAUUAAGUCCAACAGACACAAGGAUGGCUUCCACCGCCUCCGGCAGCACCACGACGAUUAUGAGGACGAAAUCCGCAUGAUGUCCACUGGCUCAAAGAAGUCCCUCCUGAGCCACGAAUUCCAGGAUGAAACAGACACUGAAGAAGAAACAUUGUACUCCAGCAAACACUGACACCUCCCGGGCAGGAAAGGAGGUUCCCAUGGACCAGACCCGGUGGCGGGGGGCGAUCCCCGUGGUUCAGUUUUGAAACAUUAGCUUGCAGGAUGUGUCCUCCAGAGGGGUGGGUGGCAGCUCCCAACCUCCCUUUACUAUUUGCUCUGUUCCUGUGUACGUGCAAAUCAGUGGGUGUUGGAGGCUGUGUAGAGCUAAGGACGUGGCUUGUUACCUUUUUGGGAUGGAGGUUCAAGAUCUGGAGGUUCACAUGAUGUUGUUUGAAAGGCAACUUAACGGGGUGGCCAGGAGAGUUCCUAGCACUUCCCCAGCAUCUCAACACAGUGAGCAGAUGGUGGGGAAGUGCCCCAAGACCUGACUGGAGUUGUAGUUACAACACUCCAAAGCAGUUUCUCUACCUGUUUUGAUUUCAUGUUUUCCACUCUGUACCUGGGGGAAGCCAGAUCCUUCACUUGACUCCACGUUCUGCAGAGCAGCCCUUGGAAAAAGA